AUGAAGAAGGAACUUUGGUCUCCAAGCAAUGAUAUGCUGUUUGAAGUACUACCUAAAUUGUCUACUAAGGAUUUGCUGAAACUGAAAUGCGUGUCAAAGGAAUGGCAAUGUCUUAUAUCUGACCGCAGUUUCAUCCAAGUUCAGUUGAAAAAUAUGGAACCCCCCUCUGGUUUCUUCUACCAAGGUAGGUACCAGUGGUGUGAUGAAGAUUAUGACUGGAUCAGCUACAUGCCUAUAUCAGGAUCAGUUGCCACUGAAGAAGUCCAUAAUGAUGUUCUUGAUUUCCUACCAGAAAAUGUUGUCAUCCUCGAUUCAAGAUAUGGACUUGUCUGUUGUCGAAGUAUCUUUCCUUGUAACGUUCCCCUAAUCUACAUCUGUAACCCUGUGAAUAAGGAAUGGAAAGCAAUUCAGUGGCCAAAUUCGUCUAGAGAAAGCAGCAUAGCCUUGGUUUUUGAACCAUUAAAGAAACCGAUUAAUGAGUUCACAAAAUUCCAGGUUGUGAUAGUUAGUCAUCAAGAUGAAACUAGUACAGAAGGGGAUAGAUAUGGAUAUUUCUCUUUCAACAUUUAUUCAUCAGAAACAGGAUUAUGGAGAAGAUCAGGAGAGAUUUGUUAUUGCAAUCACAACAUGUUGAAAAAGGGAUGCAUUUGUGUAAAGGGGAUUAUAUAUUGGCUUACUGAUGGAGACCAAAUCCUCAUGUUUGAUCCAGAAAAUGAGAUAUCUUGGUUGAUAAGCAUACCACUCCCUAGAAACCAGUUCAAUUUAAAACCCGAGAUGUGCUUGGGAGAAGUUGAAGGGAGGCUGCAUUACGUGUUGAUUUGUGAGCAUGGACUUCAGUUGUGGGUGCUUGAGGAUCGUUUUACGUCUCAAUGGGAUCUUACUUAUACAAUCUCUUUAGAAGAACUGGAAAAUGAAAACAACAAGUAUCUGUUCAAGAUAGCUGAAAAGUUGGCAAGUAACUUCAAUACUGAUGAUAUCCCAUGGAUUGGGACUCUGGCUUUCAAGGAUAACAUCUUGCUUAUGAGGGUUUCAGUUAAUAUCUAUUUGUAUCACUUUGAGACAAGGAAGAUGAGACACCUCUGUAGCCUUUCUGCUCUCGCGCCAAAGCCUUUUUUUGUUGCCACAGUGGUUCCAUAUACCAUGAGCUUAGUUCCGCUCGGUCAGUCAUAG